AAUUUAUUUGCUUUUAUCGUGUGAGUGUCAUAGAGCGAAGCAGACACAGCAAUAAUGAGCAAUGUUUGAGUCUGUUAUCAUUUAUGAAGAAUGUAUUGUGGUUCAAAAACUGAUAAACGCUCACUGCUGCUUGUUGUUGUUUUCAUUAAGCACUUGUGAGACGAAAAAAAAAAUAAAGUGUAAAAAUUUCAAGUCAGUGUUGCGGUAGCAUCGAAGCCAUAAUCAUGAUGAACCCAAACUUCACAAGACGUAAACAGAGUCGAAAGCCAUCAGCGACACCCUUUAACUUUAGUCAAAAUGUGAAGCGAUUUCGAAAGCGAAAAGUUGAAAAUGUUGAGGAACUAAGAAAAUUGCAACUUGAAUUUGAAUGGAUUCUUCAGAAGGAAGUAUUACUUGUGCUAAAGCAGCUUCACGACAUUCUCGUAGAGUGUGCACAUCGUUUCCCAGUGCCUUUACAUGGAAAUGAUGGCAAGAAGGUCGAUAAGUUUGUUUUAACGUCAGCACCAGAGCAAUUAAAAGUUGUUGUAACUUUAACAGGCGAUUCAAUCACUUCCGCGGACAUAAAUUUCAAAGUACAACGUCAACAAAAUGUGAUACAAAGAACGAGCAUAACUCAGGAUUUUCCAUGGAAAAUUCAGCAAGUGCAAGAUGCUGCAAAUCAUUUACAGCAAGCCAUCAAUCAUAUUGAUAAUGUCGAUGCGAAUUAUAAUUUUAAAUCAUCAGAGGAAGUUUUGCACAUUCUGUCCAAUAUUCUCGGCGCCCUUCAGCGUGGUAAAACGAGUCUCGUUGUGCCAAAGAAGAAGCCAAUCGAUGAGCUAAUGAAGAGUCGCAAUAUGAAGUCAUUGUCACCAAAUUUACCGGAAGAUCUUGCAAUUAGUUUCUACAUACAGAGCCAUAAAUUGAUUUUUGCCGCUUAUCAAUUGACAAACAAUCAAGGAACAAUGAAAUUCGAAUCGACACAAGCAGAGUGUUCUGUCCCGUGGCUUAAUGAAGUCUUGGUGUUGUUUACUGUCGCCCUGACACUUUGUCAGCAAUUAAAAGACAAGAUUUCUGUAUUUUCACAAUAUAAAGAUUUCACAGUUGGAAAUGAAGCGGCAACAGCACUCUCAUACUAAUAAUGAUAAUAAUAGUAAUAAUAAUAAUAUUGUGCAAUAAUAGUAAUUGUUUGUUCUAUUCGGUUUUCUUCUCCUUCUAUCCUAUUGUUCUCUAUAUGUAUUCAUACUGAACUAUUACUCUGCAUCUACACAUCUAAAUCUGUUUGUAAUGUUGAAAUUUUUAUUAAGUAGAAAGAAAUCCUGCCUUAAUUACACAAAACAAAAUGGUAGUGGGUCAC